GGGAUGCGAGAACUGAACCAGGGCAGAGACCCAUCAGACGCCUCAUAUAUCUCUGCACACGGUAUAUCCCGGGAGGGAGCCUCCUCCGUACACCGCUCACCCCCCGCCUCCAGCACAGCUCAGCCCCGGCCUCAGGCUCCCUGCUCGGCCGCUCACACACACGGAAGCGCCCGGCCUGGUGGAGACGGACGAGGCCGCACAGGCCGCAGGGACCUCGGGAUCGGGUGAUGGCGCCGCUGCGGGUGCUGGAGCUGUACAGCGGGAUCGGGGGCAUGCACUGCGGCCUGGCAGAAUGUGGAGUAUCUGCCGAGGUGGUGGCAGCUGUGGAUGUCAACACCACCGCCAAUGAAGUCUACAAACACAACUUUCCGAAUACUCCAUUAUGGCCCAAGUCUAUAGAGGGAAUAUCCCUAAAAGAGCUGGACUCCUUGUCAUUCGAUAUGAUCCUGAUGAGUCCUCCGUGCCAGCCAUUUACAAGGAUCGGCUUGCAAGGUGAUGUGUCGGACCCGAGGGCAAAGAGUUUCUUGUAUGUUUUGGAAAUCCUUCCAAGACUACGCAAAACUCCUAGUUAUAUUCUCCUGGAAAACGUGAAAGGAUUUGAGUCUUCAGAAGCACGGGACACGAUGAUCAGAACUUUAGAGAGUUGUGGAUACAUUUAUCAGGAGUUCCUCCUGUCACCUCCCUGUCUUGGCAUCCCAAAUUCAAGACUGCGAUACUUUCUCAUUGCGAAGCUUCAAGCAGAACAAUUCGCGUUCCAGACCACCAAUAAAAUUCUUGAAGCGUUUCCUUGCACCAAUACAUCAGAGCUGGGUCGUUCCAGCAGCGCUUUAUGCUCAGAAGGAAACGUACAGACAGAUGCAGAUCAGAAGAGACUUCUAAGCCCCAACCAAGGCCCAGAAGGAGCCUUUCUCUACAAACUAGAAACCGCUGAGGAGCUGGAGAGGAAAAUGAAUCAAGACAAUGACCCCUCUGUACAAAGGCUACAGGACUUCCUGGAGGAGAAUGUGGAGAUCAGCCAGUACCUUCUGCCCCCAAAGUCUUUACUGAGAUACGCUUUGAUUUUGGAUAUUGUAAAACCGACAUGUAGAAGGUCAACUUGCUUUACAAAAGGGUACGGACAUUAUGUGGAGGGGACAGGUUCCAUUCUUCAGGCAGCAGCAGAUGUAGAGAUUAGUUCGGCGUAUAACUCACUGGAGACGUUGUCUGAUGAAGAGAAGCUCGACAAACUCUCCGCGCUGCAGCUCCGAUACUUCACACCCAGAGAAAUCGCCAAUCUUCACGGAUUCCCGGCCGCGUUCGGUUUUCCCGAUAAGAUAACAACGAAGCAACGAUACCGUCUCCUGGGGAACAGUCUGAAUGUACACAUUGUAGCCAAACUCAUAGCACUUAUGCUGCAGGCCCCCGCGGCGCGACACAGGGUAACUUCAUAGGCGCAAAGAUUUUAUACUGGGAAAACAUUUUGCUUAACAUUUCAUAAAUUAUACAAUAAAGUUUCU